GCUGGCCCUUGUUAUUGUAAGGGUUUUGUUGCAUAGUUUUUCCAGCUACAAGAAAGCAAUCAUUUGGCAAAAAGAGAAAAAUCAGAAAAUCUUCUGGACCAUCAAGGAUUUCAAUGAGUUAUCUGUCGUAUUUGAAAGGCGGUGCAAUGUCCACAACAGAGCAACAAUCAACAGAGGCCUCUCCAUCUUCUAAUUCAAAUUCAUCCACUUACUAUGAAGCCGUAGAAGCAGAAGCAGCUAAUAAAUACGAACCAGUUUCUCCUCACUGGUUUUACUACAGGACAGGAGAUUCCAGAGAGAAAUGGAUUCCCUUCAGCGGACAAGAUUCAGAGAAGUUGGAAACAGCUUAUCAGUCUAGCAAGCAUUGCAAAGAGCUGAUUGUGCCAACUGAAGGGGGCCGGUAUGAUGUCCACUUAAAGGAGAGGGUGCGCUAUGCUGUAUACUGGGAAGAAGCUGAAUCAGAAGUAAGACGCUGUACUUGGUUUUAUAAGGGCGACAAAGACAACAGAUAUAUUCCAUAUCCUGAAAACUUCAGUGAACAGUUAGAGGACACUUAUAUGAUUUGUGUGACCUUAGACGAAUGGAAGAAGAAAUUGGAAUCUCCAAAUAGAGAAGUAAUCAUAUUACAUAACCCAAAGUUAAUGGUACAUUACCAACCGGUAGCAGUCACAGAUGAUUGGGGUGUGAGUCCUGCAGAACAAGGCCGGCCAAGGACGGUGAAGAGAGGAGUGGACAAUAUAUCUGUUGAAAUCUGUCAUGGGGAACCAACACAAAUUGAUCAUUUAGUUUUUGUUGUUCAUGGGAUUGGACCAGCUUGUGAUAUUCGAUUCCGGAGUAUCGUUCAAUGUGUCAACGACUUCCGCAGUGUUUCCUUGAACAUGAUCUCAACCCAUUUCAAGAAGGCUCAGGAACAACAACAAAUUGGUCGAGUUGAAUUUAUUCCAGUGAACUGGCACAGUACUUUACAUACAGGAGUAGAUGUAAAUUUGGAGAGAAUCACUUUGCCAAGCAUCAACCGCUUACGUCACUUCAUCAACGAUACCAUCCUGGAUGUGUUUUUCUACAACAGCUCUACCUACUGUCAAACCAUUGUGGAUACGGUUGCAUCAGAAAUGAACCGGAUCUACCUGCUCUUUUUGGAGAGAAAUCCUGAUUUCAAAGGAGGUGUCUCCAUAGCUGGCCAUAGCUUAGGGUCCCUUAUAUUAUUUGAUCUUCUCACAAAUCAGAAAUGCACAUUUGAUGAGCAAGAAAAAAAAGAGGGAUUACCAAGACUAGCAAUGGAUCAGGAAAUCAACAAAUCUAUGAAGGACAUCUUAGCAGAACUUGAUCUUUCUGAAUAUUAUGCUGUGUUUGAGAAGGAAAAAGUGGACAGUCGAGCAUUGGCCCUGUGCACGGACAAGGAGCUUAAAGAGAUGGGGAUCCCCUUGGGACCCAGAAUCAGGAUCCUGCACUAUUUAAGGAAGAGAAGCAACUACCAGGUUUUGAGACAAACCUCUGGAGCUGCUGAGGAAGGUGGAGAUGCCAACCAGGGAACAUCUGCAAUGCCCAUAUGUGCAGAAACCAGUUGUAGAAUUCCGGGUGUUAUAACAGGGCAGGUCUCUGCAAACUACCCUCAGCUUAUCUACAAUCCACAGAUUUUUUUUGCUUUUGGCUCACCCAUUGGGAUGUUUCUCACUGUACGAGGUGUGAAUAGGAUUGAUCCAACUUACACCCUGCCCACCUGCAAAGGCUUCUUCAAUAUCUUUCAUCCCUUUGAUCCAGUAGCAUACAGGAUUGAGCCCAUGAUUGUUCCUGAUGUGGAAUUUGAACCCAUGCUGCUUCCUCACCACAAAGGCCGAAAAAGGAUGCACUUAGAAUUGAAGGAAGGCCUCACUCGGAUGAGCAUGGACCUGAAAAAUAACUUGUUGGGCUCCCUGAGGACCGCUUGGCAGUCCUUCACCAGAACCUCAUUGCCCGCUGUGGAGGCAGGAGCCACCGGAGAUGUGGAACAGGAAUCGGAAGCUGAAACCAGCAUGGAAAAGCAACCUGAGGAGAAACCAGAGGAACCAACCACGUCAGCAAAAGAGGAUCCACCUCCAAUUAAUGUGGGGCUGCUGAAUGGGGGCCAUCGCAUUGACUACGUGCUUCAGGAGAAACCCAUUGAAAGCUUUAACGAGUAUUUAUUUGCACUGCAAGGCCAUUUAUGCUACUGGGAGUCAGAGGACACAAUAUUAUUGUUGUUGAAAGAGAUUUAUCAAACCAAGGGCAUCAGCAUGGAUCAGCCCCUCUUGUAGAGCCAAGCUGACCAUCUGCACAACUCUGGAUACCAAAUAUAUGCCCUGUGUCAUCUUCCUCUUCUUUUGUCCGAUAUGCCCAGCAUGCUUCUUCCUCACAGUCUGGAACUCUGGAAAAUUCAGUAUCCUAUUCAGGGAUGGUAGUGAGCAUCGAGAUCCUGUCCGAUUCCUGGUAUAUGCAGGCCCUUGUGAAUUAACCGAUCUGCAUUUUCUGCCUACAGCCAGUGUGUCUUUAGAUCUGGUGCAACACCAGUUGUGUCCCCUUCAGUUUAUGCACUAGUCAAGACUUGAAAUUGGUGCUAGAAUUUCACAUCUUGUCUCCAUUAGAAAAACCUCAAGAUGGGCAGUGAAGGACUUUUGACUUAUAGAAGCACUUCUUCUGAGGCCACACUGAGUGUUAGAUGUUAGACUGUUUGUGGGGAUUUCAUUUUUGUUUUGUGUUAUCUUAUUCCUGCUGCUGAUUAACCCAAGAAAGGGCUCAAGGCCAGAGCAAAAAAGCUGGGCAUUCUUCUCUGAAAUGAUUAUGGCAGUCAGGAUGAUCAUGCCAGCAACAGCAAUCUAUCGUUUUACUUUUCUAAAGCAGGGAAAGUAUAAAAUUACUUACCUGGGAAGGAAUUUGCAAAGCUUGUAAAUUCCUCUCCAUGUGUGGUUAUAAUGUAAACACUGUUGUAGAAUCUAUGUGUUUACAUUUGGAUGUGGGAGGUGCCAAACUUCAUAGAGCAGCAGCAGCUUGAUUUGCUGUUGUUUCAAUGCAUGCAACCAGGUCCUUGAAAGCAUCUGAAGAAUGAGGUCAUAUCCUAGAAACCACUGCCCACAUAGUAAUUGGACAGUAGAUUGUUUUUUCAGGCACCAGAUGAGGCGAACUCUAUACCAGCAAUUUUACCCGGGAACUCAGGGUGAUUGGCUGACCAUUUGGACAGUCAAUUCGCAUUGCUGGUUAGUCUUCCAGAACGUAAACUGAAUGCAUGGCUCAACAUAAUCUUGGCUGGUUAGUUGUGGAACACACCUGUGAUUUCAUGGUGUUAUGUAUGUUGGGCCCUGCAAUUGUUGCAUGACUUGUUUUGUCACAAAGUGGUCAGUUGCUUUUCUCAUACCGCACAUUUACAAAACGUUGUAGUCUCCACAACUGUCCUUCUCUUUUCAAGAAAGCCUUGACCAAGGAAGCCGCAAGCAGCAGGUUUACAAGUGGGAUGUGAUAACACUACACUCUGUUCACUUUGUGUAUUCUUAUUUUGUGCCAGAGACUUAGUUGUUCUCCUUGUUGUGUUUGCACUGUCAUUGCAUCAUUGAAUUUUCCAGCCCCUUGUGCUAUACUUGUGGCUGAACAGAAUGUCAUUUGACAUGGCCAAAUUCUCAAUUGGAGUAUCAAUAGGAAGUCAAGCAGUUGGAAGUUAAUGCACUUUGUAAAAUAUUACCUAUUUUUUUUAAAAAAAAAGUUAUUUAACUUUUUUCCAAUA